AUGUCAUAUUUAGAACUCCAAAUAAGCAAUUCCAUGACAUUCACAUUUUCACACACAUUUAAUACUAUUUGUAAUUUAAUGGAAGAAACCUGGAAAUGGGCCGAACUAGCGAUGUUAGCGGACCCAACAACGCUUGCAAGAAUUUUAUUUAAGGAUUCUAACAUUCACGCAGAGCGAAGGGGUACAAACUUAAUAAAAGUCUGGCCAUGUAUAGUAAUUCCCCACAAUCACUUUCGAUUUAUCCCAACAGGUUCGUCACACCAAUGCUUUGAAUAUCCACCCGUAAGCUUUUCAACUCAUGGAUCGGAACAGUCAGCAUUCUUCAAUCCUCACACAAUGCAAAUAAUUCCAGAAGCAAAGAAAUUGAACUGUGGACAUGCACGGUCAAUAAUUGUUCAACUUGAUAACGACACGUUUGAACUAGACCAAGUAACUGCCAGACUCAGAAGAAUAGAAGCCCGCCCUCAAAGAAGCUUCAACCCAAGAUUUGAAGAACUCCCAAAACUUUCUAGUCACUCUUUUCACCAACUGGUAUUGAUAAACAUCACUGAUAUUAAUCAACAUACAUACAUGAGCAACCUGAUAAAGGUGAGUGAAAUUUCAUACCAAAUUACAAGCAAAGACCAAAAAAUAGUAACCAAAUUUUCCAAACCUUGGGAAACUGCUAGGGAUGAAAUUAGUCAACAAAUAUUUGGGGAUUGGACUAAAGAAUGGCGAAUUUUUAUAACUAUAAUAGCAUGUAUUUCACUCUUGGAUUGUGAAAUGGGAGGCUAG